GCAUCUCUAGCCCUAAUUGACUCGUUCACCUGAUUCGUGCACGAUACUUCCCUGCUGUUGUUCGAUCCUCCCUGCUCGCACCAAUGGAUCACUACAACCCUGUGUCGGUUGCUAUUGCUGGUGGUGGCAUUGGGGGCCUUUGUCUUGCCAUUGGUUUGCUCCAAUAUUCACACCUCAACAUCUCCAUCUACGAAGCCGCACGAGAAUUUAAAGGAAUCGGUGCUGGACUAGCGUUGGGACCAAAUGCGCAAAGAGCCUUAGCUUGCAUCUCGUCCUUCGCCGCAGGCGCAUUUCGACGACAUGCGACCGCCAACACGUCCGCAGAUGCCACCCGCGAGCAUAUCGUAGGGAAAGCCCAGCCCGCGGCGACUCCAGUCUUCUCCGGCAUCGUGGCAUAUCGCGGCUUGAUUCCAAUGAAUAAGGCUCGGGCAAAGCUAGGCGAGCUUGCUGACGAUGCGUACAUGUGGUGUGGUGGUGGAGGCAUGGCACCCACGGGGGUCGUUACUUCGAGCAACGAGAAGCUGAUGGAGGACUUCGAGGGCUGGAGUGAGGUGCCUACCAAAAUUCUCGAGAUGACUGAAGAGCCAAGUCUUUGGGCGAUGUUGGAUCAUCUGCCUGCUCCAUACUACAAUACUGGCAAAACCGCGAUGAUGGGAGAUGCCGCUCACGCAACCACGCCUUUCCAAGGCGCUGGGUGUGGACAAGCAAUUGAAGAUGCCCUGGUUCUCGCAACUCUGUUCCGCUACGCUAAAUAUCCGGAGCAUAUCGCCCCCGCCCUAGCUGCAUACGACGCCGUUAAAAGACCGCGAUCCCAGAAGGUUGUUGAGACGAGCAGAGAAGCGAUGGAACUGUAUGGCUUCACUGAUGCGUCGGUGAAUGGAGAUGCAGAGCGCUGGAAAGACAUAUGGACUCAGAGGAUGAAAUGGAUUUGGGAGAUAGAUCUCGCCCAGCAUUGUUACGACGCAUUGGGCCUUCUCACCAAAAAUAUCCGAGUUCAAGAGAUUGAAUCUGAGUCUCCGCAAAGUGUCGGGGUUGGUUUGGAUAUGUUUAGAGUGUGGUCGAGUGGGAAGGCUGUUUUAUUGGGAUGUAAAUAG